AUGAGUGAGACCAAUCAGCAUAUAUUUAGAUGCAAUAAAAAUAAAAUUGAUGUUUUUGGUUUAAUAGAUGGAGUCAAAAAGUAGACGUUAUAGCUAUAAAAUGUAAGAGAUUGUAUAGAAUAAGCAACAAUUUUACACAACUUUUAGGAAUAAGAUACCUUGUGUGUUAGUACUAAUAGAGGAUUUUAUGUAUAUACUUAUGAUGAUAAUGUUGUUGAGAAUAAUUAUAAAUUAGUAUAUAGCUUUUCUCAAACUUGCCAUUGCAUUUUCCAUGAAUUCUAUUAAUAUGGUUUGGAAGAAGAAGGGUUUAUGCUUGUCGUUUUAGAGAAUAAUGAAACAAAAGUUAAAUUUUAAGAUUUGAAUAAUAAAAUACUUUUAUAAGGAAUACAAUUUGAUGAUUAAAUAUUAACAGGCAAAUUGAUAUUUUAAAGAGAAUUUUAGAAUCAACAAUUGGUAUUGUUAUUAGGGUUUGAGAGUGGGAAGAUGAGAGUGUUAAAAUUUAUUAAGAAAUGA